AUGAAAGGAAGUUACAGUUGGAUUGCAAUAUUUGCAAUCAUCUUAGCAGUAAUAGGUGUAGAUGAAGCAGCCAAGUUGACAAAAUUACCAAAUAAAUAUUCAAAUAAUUAUUCUCGUUAUGUGUGUGAAGAAAAUACUAAAGAACCUCACGAGAGUAAAUGCAACAUAUAUUAUAAGUGCAUAAAUAAACAAUUGGUCUUGAAGGAAUGUGAAAGUGGAUUACAUUGGGAUAGAACGAAGAAAGUUUGUACAACGCCUGACAAAGCAGAUUGUCCAAAUAAUUAUCUUAAAGUUUGCAAGGAAGGUACUUACAAACCCAAUAGUAAAGAAUGCGACAGAUAUUACAAGUGUGAAAAUAGUCAAUACGUUUUGAAGAGUUGUAAAGAUGGAUACCACUGGAAUCGAGAAAGUAAUAUUUGUACCGAUCCAGAAGACGCGGGUUGUUCUACUGUACCACUUCCUCCUCCAGUCUGCGAGGAAGGUUCUUUUAAACCUCACGAGAGUAAAUGCAACAUAUAUUAUAAGUGCAUAAAUAAACAACUGGUCUUGAAGGAAUGCAAAAAUGGAUUACAUUGGGAUAGAACGAACUAUAUUUGUACAUUACCAGAAAAAGCCAAAUGUCCAAAUUAUCAUCCUAAGGUAUGUGAUGAAGGUUCAUACAAACACAAUGACAAGGAAUGCAACAGUUAUUACAAAUGUAAAAAUAAUCAAUGGGAUCAAAAACAAUGUCCAAAUGGAAUGCAUUGGAAUCGUGAACAUACAAUUUGUACAGCACCCGACGAAGCUAAAUGUCAAAAUGACUGGUGUAGAGAUGGUUCUUACAGACCCCGUGAAGAUCUAUGCGACAGUUAUUACAAAUGUCAAAGUAAUCAAUGGAUUAAUAAACAAUGUCCAACUGGAAUGCAUUGGAAUCGAGAACACACAAUUUGUACAUCACCCGACGUAGCAAAUUGUCCAAACUAUCCCAAAUGUGAGGAAGGUUCAUACAAACCCAGUGACGACAAAUGCGACAGAUAUUACAAAUGUAAAAAUAAUCAAUGGGAUCAAAAACAAUGUGCAAAUGGAAUGCAUUGGAAUCAACGACAUACAAUUUGCACGUUACCCGAUGAAGCAAAAUGCCACGAUGAUGAUUCUGGUUUGUGUAAAGAAGGUUCUUACAAACCACAUAAUAAAACGUGUAACAGAUAUUACAAAUGCAAAAAUAAUCAAUGGGAUCAUAAGAUAUGUCCAACUGGAAUGCAAUGGAAUCAAAAACACUCAAUUUGUUUAUCAUCCGACGAAGCAAAUUGUUCAAACAAUUUGUUCAAUUUUUAA